AUAUUUAUCAAAAAACGAAAAGUAAUACCGCUUGAGAGUAGGUUGUAAUUGUUGUAUGACAGAUUCCAACCUCCCCAUGUUACAAGUUCUCCUUGACCUGUCCUGCCCCACCAACCAUCCAAACAUUUUAUAAAACCCCAUUUCCUUCCCUUCCAACCCCUCAUCACACACACAUCCUUCAUUUCUUACCUUCACUUUUCAUAUCAUUCUUCCAUUAUCACUUCACCUCUUAAUCCACUAUCCUCUCUUUCAAAAAUGUGUAGCUCCAAAACCAAAGUAACUGUAGGCAUAGAAAUUACAACCACAGCUACAUCACCUGUUGCCAAAAUCAAUGGAAGACCUGUUCUUCAACCAACUUGUAACAGAGUUCCAAUCCUUGAAAGAAGAAAUUCAAUUAAAAAAAAAGUCCAACCAAAAUCACUUACUUCACCACUACCAUCAUCACCACCACUUCCACCAAGCAAAACAUCAUCAACACCACCACUUUCACCAAAGUUAAAGUCACUAUCACCAAGACUUCCAUCAACAAAAAGAGUCAAUGAAACUAAUGGAUUGAACACAAGUUCUGAAAAGAUUGUAACAGGAACAAGAAACUUAACAAAGACUCCAACUUUAGAGAGGAAAAAAUCAAAGAGCUUUAAAGAAGGUUCAUGUGGUUCUAUUGAAGCAUCAUUGAGUUACUCUUCAAAUAUGAUAACUGAUUCACCAGGGAGUAUUGCUGGCUUGAGGAGAGAACAAAUGGCAUUGCAAAAUGCUCAGAGGAAAUUGAAGAUUGCUCAUUAUGGAAGAUCAAAGUCCGCAAAAUUUGAAAGUGUUGUUGUUCCUCUUGUUGAUCCUUUAACCAAUAUUAUUACUUCAAAAACAUGUGAAGAGGAGGAGAAAAGAUGCAGCUUUAUCACACCCAAUUCUGAUCCAAUAUAUAUUGCUUAUCAUGAUGAGGAAUGGGGAGUUCCAGUUCAUGAUGACAAGAUGUUGUUUGAACUUCUAGUUUUAAGUGGUGCUCAAGUUGGAUCUGAUUGGACAUCAAUCUUAAAGAAACGUCAAGAUUUCAGGAAUGCAUUUUCAGAAUUUAAUCCAGCAACUUUGGCCAACUUGACUGAUAAGCAAAUGAUGUCUAUUAGUUUGGAAUAUGGCAUUGAUAUAAGCAGAGUUCGAGGAGUUGUUGAUAAUGCUAAUCGAAUUUUAGAGGUUAACAAGCACUUUGGUUCAUUUGAGAAAUACAUAUGGGGUUUUGUGAACCACAAACCCAUUUCCACACAAUACAAAUUUGGGCAUAAGAUUCCAGUGAAGACAUCAAAAUCAGAGAGCAUAAGCAAAGACAUGAUUAGAAGAGGCUUUAGGUUUGUAGGCCCAACAAUGGUACAUUCCUUUAUGCAAGCAGCUGGCCUCACCAAUGACCACUUAACCACUUGCCAUAGGCACUUGCAAUGUACCUCAUUGGCAUGCUGAUGAGCAUAUUUAAUGUGCUAACUAUAGUUCACUUUUAAUUAAUGUGUUGUGUAUAAUUUUAGAUAGGAACAAAAAAAAAAAUUGGUUUUCUUAGUUAUGAGAUGUGAGAGGAGUUUUAAUGAUAGUUUGAGUGUGGUUUGUAACUGAUAGUUGAGGGCCUGAGGGGUGAAAUUGAUUAUUAGAACAAGAAAAAAGGUUUAGGAUUGUGUAGUAUAAGUGUGUUUUGUUCUAUUGGUGGCGAAAAUUAAUUUUGAUUGAAUUGAUUUUAUUAAAUUGGUUUUA